AACGCGUGUAAUUUAGCUCCCUCCUAAAAAACUAGACUAUUGACUGAAAAAGGAACAGAAAUUAAGCUAAAUUUUGGAAACAGAGACAAAAAGUUUAUUUCGAAAGUCUCGAAGCCUUUGGCCGAAGAAACCACCGACAAACGAAAAAUACUACAAAAUUUCCUCGCCUAUGUUAUACCCGAACCGUUUUGCCGGUGAUUUUCUUACGCUGUUUCGUCGAUCAUUGGUUAUUGAUAUUGGCCGGGGAAAUCUGAUGAAGCCGGGAUAAAGGUGCCGAGAUGUACAAACUCCUGAGACGUGGCUCAGGGCGAACCUUCGCGCUCUGCGGGGUUGCUCUCUCCCUCCUCCUCUGCAUUUACUACGUCAGUCAGGCCCAGACCCCCCCGGCAGGUCCCACGAAUGUCCUCGGCGAGGGGCUUCGCUAUGACAGAAGCCCGACCUCCGUGCCGUCGGACCCUAACGAGGUGCCCGACGCCAAGGUCUCAUCCGAAAGCUGCCCGGUCAUCGUACCCAAGGAAACGGACAUCGACACUCAGGACAUAUUCAAGAAAUUCGACUUCCAGCCUUCCUGGAUGCGGAGUCGAGAGUACUGGGAUGACGCCUUUGAAGAACGCUAUGCAAAGUUGAAGAAGGACAGUCGUCGCCCUCCACUGAAGGUAUUCCUCGUCCCGCACAGCCACGCCGAUCCCGGAUGGUUGAAAACGUUCGAGCAGUAUUUCCACAGCUCGACGAGGGGGAUCCUCAACAACAUGGUUACCAAGCUCCAGCAGUGGCCGAAUAUGACCUUCAUAUGGAGCGAGGUUUCGUUUCUGUCGCUGUGGUGGGACAGCGCUCAUCCCACUAAAAAGAGGGCUGUGAAGAAGCUGAUCAAGGAAGGCAGAUUGGAAAUGACUACCGGCGGUUGGGUUAUGACUGACGAGGCGACAUCCCACAUUUAUGCGAUGCUGGACCAGCUUAUCGAAGGUCAUCAAUGGCUUAAGACGAACCUUGGUGUUGCACCGGAAUCCGGGUGGGCAGUGGAUCCGUUCGGUCACGGAGCCACCGUUCCGUACCUUCUCAAGUCCUCCGGGCUUUCGGGGAUGGUGAUUCAGCGGAUUCACUACGCCUGGAAGCAAUGGUUUGCGAAAAAACAGUACGGCGAUUUCCUCUGGCAACAACCUUGGGACAAGAACGGAGCGACGGGUAUGCUGACGCACAAUCAGCCCUUCGAUAUAUACAGCAUAAAACAUUCAUGCGGUCCGCAUCCCCACGUCUGUCUGAACUUCGACUUUCGGAAGGUGAACGGCGAGUACACCGAGUACUCGGUACGAGCGGUGGACGUGACGAAGACCAACGUCAAGCAGAUGGCUGAACUUCUUCUCGAGCAGUACUCGAGGACCGGGUCACUCUUUCCCCACAACGUCGUGCUGAUGCCUCUCGGCGACGACUUCAGGUAUGAUCAUCCGACCGAGUGGGACCAGCAGUAUACCAACUACAAGGCGCUCCUCGACUUCAUCAACGAAAGGAAAGACGAGUACAAUGCCGAGGUUGUGUUCGGAACGCCGAAGGAGUACUUCCAGGAGAUCGAAAAGAGGUAUCAGCAGUUCCCGACCCUAAAGGGUGACUUUUUCGUCUACUCCGACAUAUUCAGCGAAGGCAGGCCCGCCUACUGGAGCGGAUACUUCACGACGCGUCCGUACAUGAAGAUCUUGGACCGAGAACUCGAGGCGAAUCUGAGGUCGGCAGAGAUUCUAUACACGGUGGCAUUCAAUGUCGCCAAGCAGUCGGGUCAGGACGUAAAACUCUUCGAGACGUACUUCGAGAAGCUGGUCAAGGCCAGAAGAAACUUGGGCCUCUUCCAGCACCACGACGCCAUUACCGGUACGUCGAAAUCCUUCGUUAUGAAAGACUACGCUCUUAAGCUCUUCGAGUCGAUAUCCGACAUGACGAGCUUGCAGAGCUUCGUCAUACAGUCUCUGGCCGUUACAGCACCGAAAGGGAACUCCGUUUACGUUUUGCCAGAAUCGGACAGGGACAGCUACGAGAAGCUUCCCAAGAAGAUUCCGAUCGUCGUCAACAAUCUCGAGACGCGUCAGAUCCUUCUUUUCAAUCCGCUAGCUCAGACGCGGCAGGAAGUUGUGACCCUAAAGGUGACAUCUCACCUGGUCCGGGUUUUGGAUCCCCAAAAAAAUCCCAUCCCGUAUCAAAUUCUACCGGUUAUGAACGCCACCAGCAUAACACAUGAUCUAUACACCGUCCUGUUUGUGGCGGAACUCCAUCCGCUGUCGAUCGCGGCCUAUCACCUCCAACACGUCGAGAAGGUGUCCGCCGACGUUCUGUCCAUGGUUUACUGUAGCCGGUGCGGAAAGGAUCCGCUCUUUCCGAUAAAGUCAAUGCAGACGGGGGACGUGCAGCUGGAAAACAUCAGGAUGAAGCUGCUCUUCGAUGGUCAAACAGGAUUCCUGAAGACCGUUACAAAGAAGACUUCCGGCAAGAUAAUGCAGUGCGGAAUUCAGUUCGCUGCCUAUCCUUCUGCCCAAUUUCACAGCGGUGCCUAUCUCUUCAUGCCCGAUCCGAAUCUGCGUGACACCGACAAGGACAUCCUCGAGGCUUACACUCCUAAUCAGAAAAUCUACAUCGUCUCUGGGCCGCUGAGCUCCCGGCUUACGGUGGAGUAUGGCAAGCUCCUGGUUCACCACGUGUCCAUUUACCACGUGGACAAUAGCCUGGGUGAGGCGAUCUUCCUCAAGAACGUUGUGGACUUUGAGACACCGCCGAAGAACAGAGAGACCGAAAUGUUCAUGAGGAUACAGACCGACAUACAGAACGAAGAUCCGCCCGAGUUUUACACCGACUUAAACGGCCAUCAGAUGCUGAAGAGGACUAAGAUCGAGAGGAUCGGUAUAGAAGGGAACUACUACCCCAUCACCACUAUGGCCUACAUCGAAGACGCGACCCACAGGCUUACCCUGCUGGUCAACCACGCCCAGGGUGCCGCCAGCUACCAGCCAGGCUGGCUCGAGGUGAUGCUGGACAGGAGAACCCUCUACGACGAUUCGCGGGGGAUGGGCGAGGGUCUCCUGGAUAAUCGGAAGACCGUCGUCAAGCACUGGCUGCUCCUCGAAGACAUCAAUAACGGGAACGGAGACAGUUACUCCCGGGCGUCGUUGUUCGCCAAUCACAUGAGCAACGCGCUCAACUACCCCGUAAACGUCUUCGUUUUAUCGGUAGACGGUACCGAGCAGGAAGUCAAGGUCAGUCCGGAGACCCGCCUGGUCAGCCAUAGCUUUCCGUGCGACGUUCAUCUGAUGAAUCUGCGGACCAACCAUGACCAAAAACUCUCCCAUUUCCCAACCAACACCGCGCUGAUGGUUCUCCAUCGACAGGGCUACAGCUGCGCCGUCGGUACCGAUACUGUAUUCAAGAACUGUCCACUUGGCGACCGAUUUUCACCUGCCACUUCGUUCUACUCCCUCAACGCUAACGUGACCAAGACUUCUCUGACCGGGACCAAAGCUCACAAGCAGCUGAACGAUGGUUUCAGAGAGAUCGGUAUCGUCCCCAUGGAUGUCGAGACGUACAGUAUACGGUUCGUGUAACAACGCGGUCCCGCGGAUGGUCUUUCCCUGACCAUUCAUUCAGAGUCUGGACGUUAACGAGGAGUGAUUGCUUGCCUCGAUUGGGAUGCAACAUGAUUCGGGCCCGGCCAAGCAAUCUGACCAUUAUUAUGUUACAUUCGGUUUUCGUAUAAAUACUAAGAAAUAUCAUCGUAGAUAAGUUUUAUCUCCAAGUAUUAUACCUCUUGUCACUGAAUGCAGGCGUCUUCCGGUAUGUUGCAUCCGGCCAGUUGGGGCUCGCAACUUGUAAUUCUCACGUGUACAUAUCAGCCUGAUUAACUCGACUAUAUUUAUAUCAUACUCUCUGCCUAUUCCGAAGAUUAUAUUAUACCUACACAACCGAGAAAAGACAGGGAAAUAAAUCAAGUAUUAAAACUAACGUAUUUUCGUAUAAUAACAGGUAUUUAAAACCGCGGCGAGAGACAUAAGCGAUGUAUUGCUGCACAAAACGAUGCGAUAUUCUCGCGGUUUGAUACCGCUAAUUAAAAAGUAUUAAUCAUGACUUUUUCCACACAACAUAUCUGAUUCGCUUCUGUGAAUACAUUUUCAAACUGCGUGUACGAAGUCAGAUUUUCGAUGAAAAGAAUCU